GCGAGGAAGCUGGACAUGGAGCCUGUGACCUUUGAGGAUGUGGCCAUAAACUUCACCGUGGAAGAAUGGGCUUUGCUGGAUUAUUCCGAAAAGAAACUUUACAGAAAUGUGAUGUUGGAAACUUUCAGGAACCUGAUUUUUAUAGGGAUAGCAAAGGAAGGAAUGGAUGUUAAAGAUGACUACACAAAUCUCAAGAGAAAAGUUCGCACUGAAAGACUAAAGAAACUCUGUGAACCUAAACAGGAUAUUUACUAUUCAGAAUCUGUCCAUCAACCUCCAUACCCUACUGUGAAUACUAAACCACUUUUUGGAGAAACAGCAUGCAAAAAUUGUAUGGAAGUCCCCAUCAAUGAAGACCUCAAAGGUCACACAGGUCACAAAACAUGUAUGGAUCAGGAAUAUCGAGAAAACCCACAUACUCAUCAGCAAUGUGAUCAGCCUUGCCUUUAUUCUUUUCGCUUUGAGAGACAGGAAGAGAGAGAAACUGGAGAGGCUCAACCAUGUGCUGACACAUUCAAGUGCAUCACCAAAGCCAUGUUGGCGGGUUCUGAUGAGAAUCAUGAGAGCACUGAAGUUAAACACCAUGAGUACAAUUGGUGUGGGAAAGCUUCCAGGACACAUGAUGACAUUCAAGUACGUGAAAGUCUUCACAGUGAAGGAAGCAAACAAUUACGGUGUAAACAAUAUGAAGAAACUUUUAGAUAUUCCUUUCCCACACAUAAACGAAAUUGCACUGAAGGCAGACACCAUGAAUGUGAGCAUUGUGAGGAGGCCUUCACUACGAGUGGUCGAGUUCAGGCUCAUGCCAAACAUGACAUGGGAAGGAAACCCGACAGAUGUAAGCAAUUUGGCAAAUCCUUCACCCCUUGCAAGCCUCAGGGUCAUGAGAGGAGUCAAAAGGACCAGAAAUCCUAUGAAUGUAAGCAAUGUGGGAUAGCUUUUAGUUGUUCUUGUAGCAUUCAGAGACAUGAAAGGAUUCAUGCUGGAGGGAAUCCCCAAGAAUCUAAGCAAUGUUCUCAACCUGGUACUUCUCAUGACCUCAAAGGACAUGAAAAAACUCACCCUGGCGAGAAACUUUAUGUAUGCCAGCAUUGUGACAAAGCCUUCACCUUGUACAAAACCCUGCAGAUACAUGAACGAAUUCACACUGGAUGGAAACUCAGUGAUUGUAAGCAUUGUGGGAAAGCCUUCACUUCUUCUAGUAAACUUAAGAUCCAUGAAAGAACUCACACUGGGGAGAAACCUUAUGGAUGUAAGCAAUGUGGGAAGGCUUUCACAUCAUCUAGGUCCCUUCAGGUACAUGAAAGAAACCACACAGGAGAGAGGCCCUUCAAAUGUAAGCAAUGUAAGCGAGACUUCACUUCUGUCAGGUACCUUCAUAUACAUGAAAGAACUCACACUGGAGAGAACCCUUAUGAAUGUAAACAGUGCGGCAAAGCUUUUACAUCUACCUGUCACCUUAAAAUACAUGAAAGAACUCACACUGGAGAGAAACCCUUUGGGUGUAAGGAGUGCGGGAAAUCCUUUGCUUCUUCCACUUACCUCAAAAAACAUGAAAGGAAUCACACUGGAAACAAACCCUUUGGAUGUAAGCAAUGUGGGAAAUCCUUCAAUAGUUCCAGUUACCUUCAAAUACAUGAAAGAAUUCACACUGGAGAGAAACCUUAUAGAUGCAAUCAAUGUGGGAAAUCCUUCAAUACUUCCAGUUACCUUCAGAUGCACGAAAGAACUCACACAGGGGAGAAACCCUACAUCUGUAAGCUAUGCGGCAGAGCCUUCACAUUUUGCAAUUACCUCCAAAGACAUGAGAGAACUCACAGUGGUGUGAAGCCCUACAUAUGUAAGCUGUGUGGCAAAGCCUUCAACAAUUCAGGUGACCUUCAAAGGCAUGAGAGAACUCACACUGGAGAGAAACCCUACACGUGUAAGCAAUGUGACAAAGCUUUCAUUUCUUCCAGUCGGCUUCAAGCACAUAUAAGAACUCACACUGGGGAGAAACGCUAUGGAUGUAAACAAUGUGGGAAAGCGUACAAGUCUUCCAGUCACCUUAAAAUACACAAAAGGAGUCACACUGGGGAGAAACCUUAUGGGUGUAAGCAGUGCAUGAAAGCCUUCACUUGUUCAAAUGAACUUAAGAGGCACGAAAGGACCCAUACUGGAGAGAAACCCUAUGGAUGUUGGCAGUGUGAGAAAGCCUUCACUUGCUUAAGUCACCUUAAGAGACAUGAAACAAAACACACUGGUUAAAAAAAUUAUGAAUACAAUUUGUGAAUUCCUUUAUUUCUUGUGGUAACCUUCAGUUGCAGGAAAGAAUAUGACACCAGUGGACAUAAACAAUGUGAAAUGCCUUCCCUCAUGGUAAUUGCCUUCAAAUAUAAGAAAUAAAAAACCCAUGAUGAUGUAAAACCUUAUGGAGGUAAGCCAUGUGAUUUAAUUCUGGCGUUCAGAGACAUGGAAGAACCCAUGAAAAUAAGGAAGUAAAACUUCUGACCAAAGAAGGAAAGUUUUACCUUAUCCUUGUCAGUUGAGAAAAUUUUAUACUGGAUUAUUACAGGAAAUAUGUAACAUUAGAAGGCUUGAAUAUCACAAGACAUUUCUAGCAAUUAUGAGACCAGUGUAUUACAAACAUAUAGUGAUGAUACUUCUACUUAGUAGUGCUCAAUUUGAACUAUAGAUAUGAAAGAAGAUGGUAUGAAGAAAUAUCUUUUUUUUUAAUUGAAAAAGUAUAUAGCUGGGCCCCAGUGGCUUAUAUGUCUCUUAGUCCAGCUACACAGGAAGCUGA